AUGCCACCCGCAAUCACUGCUAAGUACGAUUGGAUCCUUGCGAUUACGACGGUUGCCUUCGUCUUUUCCGCGUUCGGUAACGGUGCCAAUGAUGUCGCCAACUCUUAUGCCACAUCUGUGGCUGCUCAGACCCUGACUAUGGUGCAAGUCGGUUUCUUGUCCAUUGUCACUGAGUUCGUCGGAGCUGUCGCUCUCGGAGCUCGUGUCACCGCCACUAUCAAGAACGGAAUCAUCAACAUCGAGCGCUUCCAAGCUCCCGCCGAGCCUGGCACACUCAUGCUCGCCAUGGGCUGUGCUGAGGUUGGCAGUGCGACCUGGCUGAUGUUCGCUACACGCAUGGGUAUGCCAGUCUCUACUACCCAGACCAUCGUCGGCGCUCUCGUUGGUGUUGGCUUCGCGACCAACGCUGGAGUCACAUGGGGCUGGGAGUCCGGCUCUGUCUCUCAAGUCGCUGCCAGCUGGGCCAUUGCUCCCCUCAUUGCCUGCGCAUUCAGCGCGAUCAUCUUCGGCACAGUCAAGUAUGCUGUUCUGGAGCGUGAAGACUCUUUCAAGUGGGGUAUGAGGCUCAUCCCAUGGUACUUUGCUGCCACUGGAGCCAUUCUGGCAUUGUUCAUCGUUGUCGAAACUCCCACAGCGCCUUCUCUUGAAGAGUUUGGCGCUGGCAACGCUGCUGGUAUCAUCCUUGGCGUCUUCGCUGGAGUACUGGUAUUCAGCUACGUCUUCUUUAUGCCUUACCUCAAGCGCAAGUUGAUUCAGAAAGACGCCCGUCUGCGCAUCUGGCAUAUUCCUCUCGGACCUCUACUCACCCGAGAAAACCCUCCCCUUUACUUUGCAGGCAAGGCUGAUGGCGAGUACGUCAAGAACUACUAUGCUGAUGCCUAUGGCGAGGUUCGUGCUCAAGGCCAGGAACUGCGACAGCGUAAUGCCAACGGCCUCCACGAUGGGGAGAAGCAGCCACAGAAUGUUGAUGACAUCCAGAAGGCUUCGCCAGGAAGUAGCAAGGACGGCCUUCCUACCAACCCAGAAGACGCCAAAAUUCUGGAGGAGAAGAUCAAGAGUGAUCCAGACGCGGUUCCUCAACUGUCGAAGCAGCGCAAGCACUUGGAGCCAUACGAACGAUUCAUCGGACCUGUCAAGGAGUUGUCAUGGUCAAAUCCGAUGAAGUUCUGGGGAUACUUCAAGUUCGGUCUGCUCCAGGGUGUCACCCGCGAUGUCAUCACCCACGACAGCGACAAACUUCGUGAUAUUCACGCUCGCGCCAACCGUUACGAUGUCCGUGUUGAGCACAUGUGGACCUACUGCCAAGUUAUCUCUGCAAUGAUGAUGAGUAUAGCUCACGGUUCCAACGAUGUGGCCAACGCUGUUGGUCCUUGGUCUGCCGUGUACCAAACCUACAUGGAGGGCGCCAUUGCCACCCAAUCCGGCACCCCCAUCUGGAUGUUGGUUGUUGCUGGUCUCUUGCUCGGUCUCGGAUUCUGGUUCUACGGAUACCACAUUAUGCGCGCUCUUGGAAACAAGAUCACACAGAUGAGUCCUACUCGCGGCUUUGCUACUGAGCUUGGAGCUGCCGUCACCGUGCUGCUAGCAUCGCGCUUGGGUCUCCCAGUGUCGACAACGCAGUGCCUGACCGGUGCUCUUAUUGGAACAGCGCUCAUGAACUACGACCUGAAAGCUGUAAACUGGGCACAGUUGGGCUUCAUCUUCAUGGGCUGGGUGGUCACGCUGCCCGCUUCCGACCCCGCGGCGGUCUUUUCAGGUCUUUUAGGCUUCGCAGAGACAUCUUCGGAAUCCCCCGACAAUCUUUCUGUCAUACGAAUUGGCACUGCCGUGUCCAGCAUGGCGUCCAGCGAAAGCCCCUACCUGAUUCUGCCGGGCGCUUCCGCCCACUCCGACUUCCGUCUGAAGCGGCUGGCGCAGGAGAUUGGCGCGACUGAAGUGCGCUCUGUAUGGGCGCAUUUUGUCAAUCCUUUGCGCGAGUUGAGCAGUACUGAGCUCAGCACUCUGCAGCAGCUUCUCAGCUAUGGAGAGUACCCAGACACACAUGACCAUUUGUCACAGGUGCUUCUUGACGCCAUUCACCGCGGCGGAGAGCCCAGCGACAACACAACAGCGCUCUUCUACAUUUCGCCGCGCGCAGGCACAAUCUCGCCAUGGAGCUCAUUGGCGUCCAUGAUUGCACGCACUUGCACGCUCGAGAAUGCUGUCAAGCGUGUCGAGCGUGGUAUGGUUAUCGCCGCCUCCUUCGACCGCCAGCUCGGUGCUGAUGAGAUCCCAAAUCGCGACCGCCUAUACGAUCGCAUGACCCAGACCAUCGAACGUAAAGCACCAAAUCUGGAGGCUAUCUUUGGUGAGAGUGAGCCUGCGCAGGCCACCACCAUUAGCUUUGAUGAGUACAACAGCGCUCAAGCAGCUCUCGAGCAUGCCAACAAUGAACUUGGCUUGGCUAUGGACAAGUCAGAGAUCGAGUAUCUCGUCGAAGCAUACACGAAAGAGUUGAAGAGAGGUCCUGUGGAUGUUGAGCUGUUCAUGUUCGCCCAGGUCAACUCUGAGCACUGCAGACACAAGCAGUUCAACGCCGAUUUCACGAUUGAUGGCAUUCACAAGCCCUACUCGCUCUUUGGCAUGAUUCGCAACACCCACCAGAAGCACCCACAGCACGUCGUCAGCGCCUACAGUGAUAACGCUGCAGUCCUGAACGGUGAAGAAGCAAGCUUCUGGGCGCCCAACAACUUGACUGGUGAAUGGAACGGAGUUAAGGAGACAGUACACAUUCUCUGCAAGGUCGAGACGCACAACCAUCCCACUGCUGUAUCGCCAUUCCCGGGUGCCGCAACUGGCUCUGGAGGCGAGAUCCGAGACGAAGGCGCUGUCGGUCGUGGAUCGAAGCCAAAGGCUGGUCUUGCGGGUUUCACAGUCUCAGACUUGCUAAUUGAAGGCUUCGAACGACCUUGGGAGCUGCGAGAUGUCGGGAAGCCGGCACACAUUGCUAGCAGUCUGGACAUCAUGCUUGAAGCGCCAAUUGGUAGCGCACAGUUCAACAACGAGUUUGGUCGUCCUUGCACAAUUGGUUACUUCAGGACCAUGUUGAUGGAGGUCUUCACGAAUGAGAAAGAGUCGGAAAUUCGAGGUUUUCACAAGCCUAUCAUGCUAGCAGGCGGAGUGGGUACAGUCAGACCCCAGCACGCUCUAAAGGACCCAGAUAUCGUGCCUGCUGGUUCUCACUUGCUCGUUAUUGGUGGACCUGCCAUGCUUAUCGGUCUUGGUGGCGGCGCUGCAUCCAGCGUGCAGUCUGGUGAGGGCAAGGUUGAACUCGACUUUGCCAGUGUGCAGCGUGGCAACCCGGAAGUCCAGAGGCGAGCACAGGAAGUCAUCGAUGCCUGUCGAUCAAUGGGUGACAAGAACCCCAUCCUUUUCAUCCACGAUGUCGGUGCUGGAGGUCUUUCAAAUGCCUUGCCCGAGCUCGUCCAUGACUCUGGACUCGGAGCCAUCUUUGAGUUGCGCGAGAUAGACAACACGGACGGAGGCAUGAGUCCGCUCCAAAUUUGGUGCUGCGAAGCACAGGAGCGCUACGUGUUGGCUGUUGGUCCCGACGAGCUUGAUCUCUUCAAGCGUAUCUGUCAUCGUGAACGCUGCGGUUACUCGGUCGUUGGUGUUGCCACUGACGAGCAGCGACUUGUCUUGAAGGAUAGGGAUUCAAAAGAGAACCCAACACCUAUCGACUUGCCGAUGUCCACGCUGUUUGGAAAGCCACCCAAGAUGUCUCGCGUCGUAGAGUCGAGGAAACUAAGGCUGCCGCCUUUCGACAGCAGCCUGUCAAUGUACAUCCCAGACGUACCGAAAGAUGGACUGGUUGCCGAGGCUGUUGAUCGCGUGCUGACACUUCCGUCCGUUGGCUCAAAGAACUUCUUGAUCACCAUUGGUGACCGCACUGUUGGUGGAAUGACUGUCCGCGAUCAGAUGGUUGGCAAAUGGCAGGUUCCAGUGUCGGAUGUAUCAGUCACCGCGACCUCGCUCAUGUCUGGUGUCAAGACUGGUGAAGCGAUGGCGAUGGGAGAGAAGCCCACUCUGGCGCUUAUCUCAGCGGCAGCAUCGGCUAGGAUGGCUGUCGCCGAGUCUCUCAUGAACAUUGCCGCAGCGAGUCUGUUCGACAGGCUAUCCAGAGUCAGAUUGUCCGCAAACUGGAUGUCAGCUGGCAGCCAUCCUGGUGAGGGUGCCGCCUUGUACGAGGCUGUUGAGGCCAUUGGCAUGGACCUUUGCCCGCGUCUUGGCAUAUCGAUCCCAGUCGGCAAGGACUCGAUGAGCAUGAAGAUGAAGUGGUCAGAGAACGGUGACGCAAAGGAGGUCACAGCGCCAAUGUCUCUCAUCAUCACCGCCUUUGCACCUGUCAAUCGCAUUGACCGAACCUGGACCCCUGCCCUAGAGCGUCUUGAGGAUGUUGGUGAGACAGUCCUGAUGUACGUCGACCUUGCGGCCGGCAGGAAGGCACUUGGUGGCUCGGCCCUGGCUCAGACUUUCGGACAAGUCGGCGACGAGGCGCCUGACGUCCACGAUGCCAAUAUUAUCAAGGACUACUUUGAUGCCGUCGAGCAACUGCACGAGUCUGGCAUUGUACUCGCCUACCACGAUCGAUCGGAUGGCGGUCUGUUCACUACUCUGGUCGAGAUGAUGUUCGCUGGUCGAUGCGGCCUGGAAAUCAUGCUUGAUGGUGUAGCCAAAUCAAGCGAGCCCAAGGAUGUCCUUGAGGCCCUUUUCAACGAAGAACUUGGUGCUGUCUUCCAGAUCAAGAAGAAGGAUGAAGUUGCUUUCAAUCGCUGCUUCGCCACAUGUGGUCCUCCUCCAGGCAUGAUCAAGAAGAUCGGUCGCGUCCCGGAGGCCUCCAAGCAGGGCUUGUCCAUCGCAGUCGGCUCCCUGACUGUAUACAGAAACACCCGCUCGAAGCUUCAGCAGAGGUGGGCUGAGACAUCCUACCGCAUGCAGCGUCUUCGCGACAACCCCGAGUGUGCGGAUAAGGAGUUUGCUCUCAUCACUGACGAUAAGGACCCUGGUCUAUCGUACAACCUCAACUUCAAACCGCAAGAGAAUAUCCUGCCACUCAAGGCCAGCAUCUCAUCUGCAUUCAUCUCGAAGCCUCGCGUGGCCAUCCUCAGAGAAGAGGGUGUCAACGGUCAGAGCGAGAUGGCCUUCGCCUUCCACAUGGCUGGUUUCUCGGCGAUUGACGUCCACAUGACCGAUAUCAUCUCCGAGCGAGUGUCACUCGCAGGCUUUGUUGGUGUCGCAGCCUGUGGUGGUUUCUCGUACGGUGACGUCCUUGGCGCCGGUCAAGGAUGGGCAAAGUCUGUCUUGCUGCACCCCAACACCCGCAAGGAGUUCAAGACUUUCUUCGAGCGCCCAGACACGUUCGCCCUUGGUGUUUGCAAUGGUUGUCAAUUCUUGUCCAAAUUGAAGGAGUUGAUUCCUGGUGCAGAGGCUUGGCCCACUUUCGAACGCAACGCCUCUGAGCAGUACGAGGCACGCGUUUGUAUGGUCGAAGUCAUUGACCCCAAGGGCCCUAACAGCAAUCCUUCGGUGUUCCUUCACGGCAUGCACGGCUCCAAGCUGCCUAUUGUCACAGCUCACGGGGAGGGUCGUGUCCACUUCCCUGCAUCUUCGACCUCGUCAUCAAGUCCUCAGACUCUUUACGACGAGAACCUGGUUUCCCUGCGCUAUGUUGAUAACUACGGCAAGCAGACCGAGACAUACCCCUACAAUCCCAACGGCUCGCCGAUGGGUAUUACCGGAGUGCGCUCGACCAGCGGUCGCGUCCUGGCGCUCAUGCCUCACCCAGAGCGCACAAUCGUCAAGGAGGUUGCCAGCUACAUCCCCAAAAACCAGGCUGAGGAAUGGGGCGAGCUUGGCCCCUGGAGCCGCAUGUUCAAGAGUGCGAGAAAGUGGAAGGCCGUCGUCUCGCGGACAGGCUGGGAGACAAUGCGCCUAUCUUCAAGUGCGUGUCUACGAAGAGCAGCCGCUCUGUAUGAACAACGUCCCAACAAGCAGACUGAGCGACAGUAUUCACUGCAGAGCCCAAAUCCUCUACAUCGUCUUACAGGGUAG